CACUCAUACACGGAAGUGUUUUGGUGUUGAACAACGUCACUGUUUGUAACCAUGAGCAGUUCGUUUACCAUUAACAAAAAACAACAAAUGCUCUUAUAAUAUACGUUGAAGCUAUUUCUUAUAUUAAGCUAUCACUCUACACUACCAAGCUCAAGUUUCUGACGCUACUCUUAAUUAUUUUCCGGUUGUUUUAACGCAUAGUUAGCAUGUAGGUCAAGCGUUAGCUCAUAAGCUAUGCUUUGUUGACAAUUGUUUAUGGACAGCUUGUCAAUUUUUCUUUUGACUGCAACUAACUACUGCCAAAGACCAACGUCGGAAUAAUAUGAAAUUACAAAACAUCAUUUUCCUGCCUCAUUUAGUGCUUAGUUAAUGCUUAUUAGUUAGGAAACGUGUGAUAGUCACUAAACCACGGAGGAGUAUGUACCUUUGGGUAACCAAAGCACUCUCUGAUUUCCAGAAAUAGAGUGUAUGGCUGCAUACCAUAUAUUAAGAUUUGCAAACCUAUUGAAGAAAGGACUGCCCAAGAAACAAGUCUGCACACAACCACAUAACAUUUCAAUCGUGGUGUCAGCUCAAAUUGUAUUAAUGACUGCGCUCACAGACUUUGAACCUUUAGCAAAGAGACUCAGGGUUGAAACCAGUGCCCCAACUUACCCUGCAUCUCCUCUCCAAGUUCCAACUUUUAACAUUCAGAUUGGAGAUAAUGACACAGUAAAUAAAGAAAGAAGGCAAGACAACACACACAAAAGGAUGGAUGUACAGCCAAAGACUGGAGCAGAUGGUCUGAGAGGUGUAAAGACAAAAGGUAACAAUCAAAGAAUCGGCCCAAGACAACAAAAUACCUUAAAAAAUACUCUUGAUCGAUGGUUGGUUAAGCCCAAAAGAGACCCAAGUACAGCUGAUGGGUGCCAUAUCUUAGAAGAUGUAGAGAUGGACGAUGAUGACAGAGGCUUGCAAAGCACCUCAGUUCAGAUUCAAUACUGUAAAGAUGCAGAAAAGCCUGCUGUCUCUGAUUCGGAUGAAGAAACUCAACACAUGACAUCAAAAAACCUGUAUGACGACGAUCCUGUCUCACCAGCCUCCAUGGAUUCUGCAGAGAGGACCUCAUCACCAGAUAAGCCUCCAGAGAAAGGAGAUGCAGACAAGGAAAAUACCUCUGCUGUUGUCAAGCCUGUUGUCAAAUGGCUGGGGACACCAAUCAAUGAUCUCAACAGAAUGCCUGAAUGUGGGAGAGCGCUUCCACCGCUAAAGGAUGUUCCUGGCCACCACAGUGUGAUGAUAAGGACAGACCUUCUUCACAGUGGUAAAGUACCUGUUCCAUAUCCUGCUAAGUUUAAGGAUACCUGGGAUGACAUCCAUGUCAAGAUGCCCUGUUCCAGUUGGAACCUGUUUCCUGUACAUGAUGAGGAAACACAAGAACGAGAGAAUAAGAGUCGAUGGGAGUUGAUCAAGGAAACUUUGAACGACGAAUUUACAUGUCAACCCGAGUUGAAGAAUGCCAUUUUGAAGUACAGUUCCUCACAGGCGAAGAAAUGGGACUUCACCGCAUUACGACUUUACUGCACUAAGGUCUUGGAUCCUGAUGCUGCUGAACAUCUGUUUGACUCCCUGCUGCCAGACAUGGUGCAAUUAGCACUGAGAGCAUCUGAGCUCUGUACCAAGCCGAUACCCCUCCUCAAAGAAGGCAUGGACCACUCCAUCACCGUGUCUCAGGAGCAGGUGGCAUGUCUGCUUGCCAACGCCUUCUUCUGCACCUUCCCCCGACGCAACUCCAGGAAGACUGAGUACUACAACUACCCAGACAUCAACUUCUUCAGGCUCUUUGGGGGGGGCUCUUCAAGCAAGAUUGAGAAACUAAAAACCCUGAUGUGCUAUUUCAAAAGUGUCACUGAACAAAAGCCUACCGGACUUGUGACAUUCACACGAAAAAGCUUGGAUAAACCUCUGAAUUGGAAAAGCUCACAGGCUCAGCUCACAAAUCUCCACAUCACUUGUGAAGGAACCAUUGAGGAUGAUGGUUAUGGAAUGCUUCAGGUGGAUUUUGCCAACCAGUUUGUGGGGGGAGGAGUCACCAGUUCUGGUCUAGUCCAGGAGGAAAUCCGUUUUCUGAUCAACCCUGAGCUUAUUGUUUCUCGCCUCUUCACUGAAGCCCUGGAUCAUAAUGAAUGUCUGAUCAUCACAGGGACGCAGCAGUAUAGUAAAUACACCGGCUAUGCUCAGACUUACAAGUGGGCUGGCAGCCACCAGGACACAACUCUGAGAGAUGGCUGGCAGAGAAGAUGCACAGAGAUUGUAGCCAUCGAUGCGCUGAGGUUCAAGAACUUCCUCGAACAGUUCCGUCCUGAUAGACUCAAUCGAGAACUAAACAAGGCCUACUGUGGCUUUGCUCGCCCUGAAGAACAAAGCCAAAACCUCUCGGCAGUGGCUACAGGGAACUGGGGCUGUGGGGUUUUUGGAGGUGACACACGUCUGAAAGCUCUGCUCCAGAUGCUGGCAGCUGCUGAGGCGGGCAGAGAUGUGGCCUAUUUCACCUUUGGUGACAGCCAGCUCAUGACAGAUGUCCACAAGAUGCACUCUUUCCUAACUCAGAGGAAGAUCUGUGUCGGAGAGGUGUAUGAUCUCCUGGGGCAGUACCACAGCUCAGUGUGCAAGAGCUGCCUUGGUCGGCGACCUGACAUCAGCCUGUACUCCUUCAUCUACCAACAGGUCAGCUCCUCCCCGGCGCCAGAUGACUCUGACAGGGACUCGGCGAGACAUCACGUCCCCGCAGACUGCAGUUAAGGCCAGGUGGCUGAUGAGUCACCAUGCCUAAUCUUUUUUUAUUUUUUUUAAGAAGGCUUGAUCAACCAAAUCUGGUUUUCAUCAAUGGGAGCUACAUGCAGAUCCUUUUGUAUCAAAAACAACUGGACUGCAGAGGGUGAUUAGUUACGACCCUGUCUGGCGCUGUGUUCAUUUUGCUGCAGCUGGUACUACACCGAUGGAUUGAGCUUCAAUACGACGCAAUUGUGAUUUUAAUGGUGAAGCAAAGGUUGCCAUCCAUCUUCUCAGUUUGUCAUGUUGCCUUUUUUACACCUACACAUAUCCAACCUAAUUGAAUUGGCUGUCAGAAAUGAAGUUAAAAGAAAAGAAUAACAAGAACGGGGUUUGGAAGGCUAGGAGCACUCUCAGGAAAAUGGUUUGAUUUAAAGAGCAACCUGGCUCUUUAGGAAAAAAUAUUUAACUUUCUGCAUUUACAGCAACAUUUAACUUUCAAUAAUGACUUCCAUGAUCACAUUUUACCAGUUCUUUGCUGUAUGGGAUAAAAACAUUCGAAAGAACCAACAGUUGCAUUUGAAAUAUUCAUUUGAUUGGUUUGUUUCUAUAUUUUACAACUAUUUACACUUUGAAUCUGUUUUUUGUAGUCCUUCUUACUAAUUGCUGUAUAGCUGCACAUGAACGAAAAGUAGGAUUUUUUUGCCAAAAUAAAAUCAGUUUUAAGAAAAUGGCAUAUUUGUAUAUUUCUAAUAUUGCUUUUGUUUUAUUCCGAAGCCCUAUUUACAGCCACACGUCAGAAAUACUACUUUGAACAAUCACAAUGAGAGCUUCUUGUCCCAUAGAUGUUACAGGCAAUAUCGGUUUCUGUACAGCGCUGCCAUUUAUCUUUCCCCUGCUUCACCCUUUCACUCAAUAUAUUAAUAAGGUCAUACCUUUUAUAUAAACUGUACAUGACACCUCAUUAAGUAAAAAGUAGAUCAUAGAACAUCCAGUCAGGCGGUGGGGCUCCUGGGUGAUUUCUCUGUCUGUCGGAUGAAACACCACUUCAACUGCAUUAAGAAGAAGCUGCUUGGGCGCAAAUCCUCAGACGUUCAGCCGUUGGCACUUUGGAACGUUUGAUUUCUUUUGGUAUUUGUUGGUCAAAAAAUAAUCUCAGCAAAUAAUACUUUUAUUUGUAUGUAUGAUAUCUGUUUUACAAUAUUAAAGUUGAUGUGUUUAAUAACACCAUGUUUGAUGUUAUGGACACAAUGUAUUUCA